UGCAUUGGUUUGAGACGAAAGCAAUUUAACGUCACAGUGUCGUUCGAGAGUCUGGAAGGGUAUGAGGCUUAGUCCAGUGAACAUAGUGCAGUUGUCGAACAGAGCAGAAGCGGUAAACUGAUCUUUCGUUGUGAUCGUUUGUUAUUUUCACAAGUUCGCACGUCGGUGAGUGUCUGUGUGGUUAGGAGUGACAUUAUUUUCCGUGAAUAUACUGACUAAACUGUAGGGAAAGUUCAAGUAGGACAUGGUUACGUGCGCCUGACGGAAGGUCAGACAUAGACGUUAAUUCGCAUAGGUCUAAAAAAUGGCUGAGAAGUCAGCGAAGUGGACGUUGUUUUGUGUAGUAGUCGCGCAGAUUCUCUCUGUGGCCCUGUCUUCGGAUCACCAUUGCGUGUGGUACGGUGUUUGCGGAAUUGGUGAAGAUGGUAGAUUCAAGAACUGCCCGUACGAUGGGGCUGCGAAACUGCUGGAUUCCGAAGGUCAGAAACUGUUACAGAAAUGGUGCCCGCAUUUCAAAACAAUGGAUACCUGCUGUGAUACCGCCCAACUCAAGAACAUGGACACUGGUAUAACGCUGGCUGCAAACUUCCUUCAGAGGUGCCCGUCUUGUAUGACCAACCUUAUUAGGCACAUUUGUGAAUUCACAUGUUCUCCAGAGCAGAGCAGGUUUGUUGAAGUUGCUGAUCUAGGAGCUUUACAUAACGGGACUGAGUAUGUGAAUGGCAUAAAUGUGUAUGUGACCGAGAAGUAUCUUUCUGGUACUUACAAUUCAUGUCGUGGCGUCUCUGUACCUGCCACAGGGCAGCUCGCUUUUGAUCUAAUGUGUGGUGAAUGGGGGUCCAGUCGAUGUUCUGCACAGAAGUGGUUCCACUUCAUGGGUGACGCUGAAGGAAAUCCCUUUGUUCCCCUGCAGAUGAAUUACAUCUCAAAUAACGUGCCAGUGGGGUACGAAGCCAUGGAUCCCCCCUUGAUCCCGUGCAACGUGAGUGCCGCACCAGGAGUGCCGCCAUGUAGCUGUGUGGACUGCGAAGCUAGCUGUCCAGCUCCACCCCCAGAGAAGCCGGCGGUAGAACCCUUUACUCUGUUGGGGAAUGACGGAAUGGCCGUGACUAUGUCCAUAGUCUUCUGUAUUGGUGUGGCAGUAUUCCUUCUGGGGUUGUACUGCUGCAGUGCAAGGAAUCGCAGCAACAUUGCCAGCCUGAUGAUGGGAGAGGGUGCAGACCCUGUGGGUCAGCGACUGGCGGGCUUGGACCAGUCUCGUAUAGCUCUUGGUGCUGACGAAGAGGACAGCCCCUUGCGCUCAAAGCGGUCCAGUGUGGCAAGUGCAGAGGGAGCUGUCGUGCCCAGGCAAGUGGGACCAGAAAAUGCCUCGUAUGUGGAGAAGGUGGGGGCAGCGAUGGACAGGUUACUGGAGGAUUUGUUCAGACAUCUGGGCGUGUACUGUGCUACAAAACCUUGGCUCGUGCUGUUCCUUGGACUGUGUGUGCUGGUUGGACUAGGACAUGGCAUUAAGUAUAUGAAGGUUACAACAGAUCCAGUGGAGUUGUGGGCGUCCCCAACGAGCCGCUCCCGUGUGGAGAGGGAGUUCUACGAUGCGGCGUUCGAACCGUUCUACCGGACCGAGCAGAUUAUCGUGCAUGCGACGGGCCUGCCCAGCAUCGUGCACAACACUUCGAACGGCCCCAUUGAGUUUGGGCCAAUAUUCCACCGGGAGUUCCUGUUGGCACUGCGCCAGCUGCAGCAGCAGAUAACUCAGCUAGGUCAAGAUGAGGGGCAGGGCCUGGAGAAGAUCUGCUAUGCCCCCCUGACAGAGGCAGGGAAGCCGGCCACUCACACGUCGCAGUGUAUCGUGCAGAGUGUCUGGGGGUACUUCCAAGAUGACGAGGAGAAGUUUGAAGAAGUCGACGAGGACAUAGAGGGCUUCGAAGUGAACUAUAUGGAUCACAUAAAGAUGUGCACGCAGAACCCGUACGACCCAGAUCAGUGUUUGGCCCCCUACGGAGGCCCCAUAGAACCGGGAAUAGUGUUCGGUGGCUUCGGUGCCCGGACGGGGGAGAGUAGCUCGCUGAACUAUGAGCGUGCCACAGCAGCGAUCCUGACCUUCCUGGUCCGGAACCACCACAACAAGACCCUGCUGGGGCCAGCACUGGACUGGGAGCGUCGCUUCAUUGCUUUCAUGCAGAACUGGACCGCCACAUCAAAGCCGGACUUUAUGGAUGUCGCUUUUACCUCUGAGCGGUCCAUAGAAGACGAGCUGGAGCGUGGGUCUCAUUCAGACGUCAUCACCAUCUUUGUCAGCUACAUCAUCAUGUUUGGGUACAUUGCCAUAUCACUGGGCCAGAUGAACUCUUGCGCCCGGCUACUCGUUGAUAGCAAGAUAACCCUGGGUCUGGGCGGUGUGGUGAUCGUACUGGCAUCAGUGGUGUGCUCAGUGGGGUUGUUUGGCUUCGUCGGGGUUCCUGCCACACUGAUCAUCAUCGAGGUGAUCCCCUUCCUGGUGCUGGCUGUGGGAGUGGACAAUAUCUUCAUCCUUGUGCAGACACACCAGCGCGAGGGGCGCCAGCCAUACGAGUCGCAUGCGGAACACAUCGGGCGCAUUUUGGGACAGGUGGGCCCAUCGAUGUUGCUGACGUCAGUGUCGGAGUCGUGCUGCUUCUUCCUGGGUGCACUGUCGGACAUGCCGGCAGUGCGGGCGUUCGCGCUGUAUGCGGGCAUGGCACUGCUGGUGGACUUCCUGCUGCAGGUGACAUGCUUCGUGAGCCUGUUGUCAUUGGACACACUGCGCCAGCGCGCCAACCGCCUCGAUGUCUGCUGCUGGGUGCAAGGUCCGAAGGCCGACGCCGGUGCAGACAGUGACACUGAGGGUAUCCUCUACAAGUUCUUCAAGGUGCUGUAUGUACCUCUGCUGAUGCACAAGGUGGUUCGUGCCCUGGUGAUGGUGGUGUUCUUUGGGUGGCUGUGUGCCAGCAUAGCGGUGAUACCACAUGUAGACGUUGGCCUUGACCAGGAGCUGUCCAUGCCACAGGACUCAUACGUGCUCAAGUACUUCAAGAACCUCAAAGAAUUUCUCUCGAUGGGCCCACCAGUUUACUUCGUGGUAGUUCCUAAGGGCGAAGCCGCAGACUUUUCGCAGCCAGAGAUGCAGAACGCCAUCUGUGGUGGCCAGAACUGUCACCAGGACUCCCUGGUGACGCAGGUGUUCACGGCGUCCCGCCGGCCGCGCUCAUCAUACCUCGCAAAACCACCUUCCUCGUGGCUUGAUGACUAUUUCGACUGGUCUGGAGCGGAGAAAUGCUGCCAGUUCCGUCCAGAAAACGGGUCAUUUUGCCCUCACCGUGCUCCGGGCUGCCAGAUGUGUUUAAUAGAAAAGGACAACAAGACAGGUCGCCCAAGUCCACAGGCUUUCAAUCACUUCCUGCCAUUCUUCUUAGCAGAUAAUCCGUCGCCGUCCUGUGCCAAGGCGGGACAUGCGGCAUACGGCCAGGCUGUGGUAAUAAAACCAGAUGGGCGUGUGGGACCAAGUUACUUCAUGACAUACCACACCAUCCUGAAGACUUCAGCAGACUAUUACGGAGCCAUGGCUGCGGCUAGAGAGCUUUCGGCUGAGAUAGAAGAUUCGGUGAAUGAGCACCUCCCAGAGGGAGCGCAUGUGAAGGUGUUCCCAUACAGUGUCUUCUACGUGUUCUACGAGCAAUACCUCACGAUGUGGCCCGACACGCUGCGCAGCCUGGGAAUUUCCAUUGCUGCCAUCUUCGUCGUCACUGUUCUGCUGAUGGGGCUUGACAUCGUUUCAUCACUGGUGACAACUCUGACGAUAGUAAUGAUUGUGACGGACAUUGGUGGUUUGAUGUACUGGUGGGGCAUUUCGCUUAAUGCCGUAUCCCUGGUGAACCUGGUGAUGGCUGUGGGCAUUGCCGUGGAGUUCUGCUCGCACCUGGUCCACUCGUUUGCAGUUUCCGUGGAGGAAACGAGGGUUGCCCGUGUCACGGAUGCUCUGGUCAACAUGGGCAGCUCAGUCUUCUCUGGUAUCACACUCACCAAGUUUGGAGGGAUCCUUGUGCUAGCGCUGGCCAAGUCUCAGAUUUUCCAGGUGUUCUACUUCCGCAUGUACCUGGGGAUCGUGCUGUUCGGAGCAGCACACGGGCUGAUCUUCCUGCCGGUGCUGCUGAGCUACGUGGGACCGCCGAUGAACAGACAGAAGCUGGCCAACCGGUCGCGGCAGGUGACAUGCGGCGGCACGGUGGUGCAGGUGAGCGAGCGGAAGCGCAGCUGUCGUUGGGAGCAGGAGCUGCAGGAGAUGGUGGUGCCGGCCAGAGAAGAGAAUAGGGCCUGAGGAGAGGCGAGGCACCGGAGCCGAGACGUGACGGAGCGCACAGCUCAGAGCGCUGCACCGCUGCAGCCGGGCCACUGCAUGGAGACGGCAAUGACUGAACGGACCUAGACUAGGCUCACUCCACUCGCCGUCCCGAAACUGUCAAGAGUUCUGAAUGGAGUGUCGACGGAAUCUCGAGUGUGCUCUUGUCCCUCCACAAGGAGUCCUUUGACAGUUUGGUGUUACUUCUUAAAAAUUGAGUUUGUGCUGUGUUUUUGGGGAAGUGACUUGCAGUAUUAGUUAUAAUGUUGCUUUGAUGUUAGUAAGUCCAGUACAAAUUCUCAGCUCAAAAGAAUCAAAAUUCCAUAAAAAAAAAAUCCCCUUUGUUCAGGUGCAGAAAUCUUAAAAUGAAUCCUGGUAAUCAUGUGUAAAU